UAAAUUAAUUGGUUUACAUGAAAGUUAUAGAGCUUACAAAUGGCGGUAUAGGUACUGGGAAUUUUUUUUUUUACUAGUAAUGGUGACAAUUGCGGGACUGCGGUGGACAUUCUGACACUGGGGAGGAACUGACUUGGUGUCACUGACAUCCCCAAUGGACACCAAUACAGAGAUCAGUGCUGAAAAAAAAAAAAGCACUGACACUGUUACUAAUGGCACUGGGCAGGAAGGGGUUAAUAUGAGGGGCCAAUCAAAGGGGAGUGUUUUACUAGGGGGGGCGGUGUCUGUGUUCUUCACUGUAAGCACAAUGCAUCUGGAUGGCUGUGCUGUGCAGUGUGACCGAGCUGACAAACAGUCUUCCUCCCCGUAGGAGAUGCUCGG